AUGACUGUUACUUUGGUUCAGUUUGCGGUUGGUAGUGUGCUCAUUACCUUCAUGUGGGCACUUAACUUGUACAAGAGACCGAAGAUCACGGGUGCUCAGCUAGCGGCAAUCUUGCCACUUGCUGUUGUGCACACUCUUGGUAAUCUGUUUACUAACAUGAGCCUCGGGAAAGUUUCUGUUUCGUUUACUCACACGAUUAAAGCAAUGGAGCCUUUCUUCUCGGUGGUCUUGUCUGCUAUGUUUCUCGGGGAGGAAUCUCAGGAAUCUUUGGAUAACAUCACCCUCUUCUCUAUAAUAACAUUAAUGUCUCUCUUUCUGAUGGCUCCUGUGACUUUCUUCUCGGAAGGCAUCAAGUUUACUCCUUCAUAUAUCCAAUCAGCUGGUGUGAAUGUUCAACAAAUAUAUACAAAGUCUCUUAUUGCUGCACUCUGCUUCCACGCGUACCAGCAGGUGUCGUACAUGAUUCUUGCGAGAGUAUCACCGGUUACACAUUCUGUGGGUAACUGUGUGAAGCGUGUUGUGGUUAUUGUGAGCUCUGUCAUCUUCUUCAAGACACCGGUCUCGCCUGUUAAUGCGUUUGGAACCGGAAUUGCUCUUGCGGGAGUCUUCUUAUACUCCAGAGUGAAGCGUAUCAAACCAAAGCCUAAGACUGCAUAA